UCAUUUUGAUGUACAUAAAUACUUAAAAAAUAAUUUAUUUUUUAUCUACCAAUCAUUAAUAAAUAACCACUUUAUUAUGGCUGAAGGAACUCCCGCAGAGGAAGAUGUUUGGGAAGAAGAAGAAGAAGAGGAAAAAUCAGCUGAUGGUGGUAUUUGCGCGGAGCCUAUUGAGACACUUUUGGAAAAAAAUACAGAAUCAUUUCAAUGUCUCGGUCAAUACAUCAUGUCCAGAAGCUCACUCUUGAGGAAUCCUUUGUAUCAUUUUCCUCCGCUUGAAGAUCCUGGGAUAGAUGCAGCUUUUUAUACACCGGUUAUUGAAGUAGAACCCGAUCUUUUUGGACUUGAAAAAUAUAAAUCGAUGUGUAAAGAAUUGAAAAUAAUGACAUUGCGCAGAGUUAUAAGUUCUCUAGAAACUUCCACGUUGUAUCUAAAAUAUUAUAGCUUAUCUGAUAAACAACUUCGAGCAAUCACAACAGCUUUAAGGGGGAACACGUGCGUUACAGAGUUAAAUUUAGAAGAGAAUUUUAUGAAACCAGAAUCGGUAGAAUACGUAGCCCAAAUGUUAAUAGAAAAUGAGAUGUUAGAAGUCUUGAAUUUCAGAGAAUGUAGAAUCGGAAGCGAAGGUGCUGAGAUUUUAGCCGAUGGCAUAGCUAAUGCGCUUAAAUUAACCGAUUUGGAUUUAAGUUGUAACAGUUUGGGAAAUGAGGGAUUAGAAUUUAUAAAAGAUGCUUUAUGUAAUCAUUUGACAAUUAAACGAUUGAACUUGAGUAAAAAUGAAUUAACCGAUGUUGCUAUACCUGCUUUGGUAGAAAUUUUAAAAGAAAACGCUGUCAUUGAAGAUUUAGACUUGUCUUGGAAUAUAAUUAACGCGCCUCGGGGUUGGAAACAACUAGCGAAUGAGGGUUUGCUUGAGAAUAAAAGUUUGCGUGUUUUAAAUUUGGCUUGGAAUGGUAUAACCGAAAAGCCUUGUUUAAAAUUUUUAUUAAAAUUUACUAAAGCAACAGAGACUUUGGAAAAGUUGGAUAUAAGCAAUAACAUGAUACCCGAAGCUACUUGUAAGAUGUUUAAAACUCUAAUCGUCAAGAACAACACAUUAUUGAGUAUAAAUCUUGGUUUCAAUAAAAUAUUGCCAGAAACAGCUCAAACAUUAAUUGAACUUCUAUUAUUGCCAAAAAGCAGGAGACCCAAAUUGGAGGAACUAUAUAUGGAUAAUGUUUACAUAAAAAAGAAUGCGCUUGGUUCAUAUAAUCGCGCUAGAAGGAAUGGUAAAAAGGUAACCAUCGGUGGCGUAUUAGGUAAUUGGGUAAUAAAAGGACCGGAUGUUGCAAAACUUCUUUUUGAACGUGCUCGUAUGAUGGCGAUGGCACCGAAAAAGAAAAAAAUGCAAAAAGAUUUCAGUCAUUUUAUUUUUACUUUACCCGAAACUCCAAUGCAAGGAAACGAUUUUAUUGAUUUAGUUACAAACUUUAAAAUGAAAAAAGUCGAUAAAGAUCUCGUAAACGGUCUUGUUGAUUGCUUCAAAUAUAAGAAAAGCGGCAUCGAUGCAGGAGCUUUACGCCAAAAGUACAUAGAACUUUAUCCGGAUGCUCAACCGGCACCGAAAAAAGAGAAAAAGAAGAAAGGAAAGAAAGGUAAGAAGAAAGGCGACACCGAAACUGAAGGUGAAACGGAAGGUGGCGAUCAAGGGGAAUAUUAUUGGGAUGAAGACGAGGAAGGAGACGCUUAUCAUCUUUAUAGUGAAGCUUUAGACGAAGCAGUUAAAGCUGAGCAAAGUGAAGUUGAAGAAGGCGAUGAAGAAGAUGGAGAAGAAGAAGAAGAAAUGGAAGGCGAAAUUCCUAAACCACCCGUUGAAGUCGCUCAUGGGGAAAGUGUAACAGAUGUUAUUGCUCAAAUAGGGGAUUCUACAGAGAAUAAAGAAGGUGGCAAUGCUGAACAUCAUGAAGGUUGAAAUUAAAAUAUUGUAAUUUUUUAAAUUUUUGUUGUUAAAGCAGUAAUAAAAUCAAAAAAAAUGUAGAAAUAAUAAAUAUUAAUGCACAGGGAUCAAAAAAUAAAAUAAACCAAGUACAAUAUCUAUUAAAAGAUAAACCAGAGUCGAACAUAAUUGCUAUUACAGUGCAUUGGAUGACAGAAGUUGAGAUAAACACUUUA